AUGCUAAUCGACACAUUGAGUUCCAGUGAAAUGGCUGUCAUCUAUCUCGUCACUGAACUCUGUUGUUUGACUGCUGCCACGUUGAGCUUCGUUUUCAAUGCAUAUAUCAUUUAUUGUUUUUGGAGAAAAAAGAUUCCCGCGGCUGAAAAUCUUCGUCUCGCUCUCUACCUAGCAAUUGGAGACUUUGGAUAUGCCGCCGCUUCCCUUAUUCAUAUCGGUUAUCUGGCAUGGAACUGGUCGAACGUGUAUCUGGACUACAAUCCGUAUGUGAUAAUAUUCACCAAUUCGUUUCUGCCAGCCCAUUUGAAAAUAGUCGUGGUUAUUAGCUGUUCGAUGGCAUUGGAUAGAUGUCUGGCAAUAUUCUUCCCAGUUGUCUACCGUCAACUCAGCAAAACAUACUUCGCUAACUGUGCAAUGGCUUGUGGAUACUGUUGGUUUUUCUUCGAUUACUUAUUCCAAAUGCUCACUGCUCCCUAUAAAAGAAUGCCUAACUGCGGAACAAUGGCAUGUUUUGUGAAUCGUACUUUUCUGAUGUAUGUCAGCUAUUCCAAUACGAUUGCUGGUCUUUUAAUAGUCUUGAUGAGUAUAUUCGUUUUUGCUGGUAUUCGGAAAAUAUCCGCCAGAAAGAUUGGAGCUUCUACUGGUACAAAAACUACAAAUGUGUUCCGACAAGCAAAUCGGAUUACUGUAGGAAUACUGUUCUGCUCCUUGUUCUUUGUCACUAUCCCGUCAUUGCUGGUUACGGGAUAUGAAGAAAUUACGGGUGUUUCGCUAUUUGCCGAGCUUGGUCCAUUUUAUAUUUGUGCAAUUUUAGUGAAUGGUUUCGCCGAUGGUCUAGUAUUCGUUAUCGUCAAUCGGAAACAAAUCGGAUCUCGUAACAGAACGCUCUCAUCAACGGGAGCAAAGAAUACGGUGGCACCAUUGCAUCGAGCAAGUAUUGCAGAUUACUCUGUGGCACCUCCCCACGUCACUUCAUCAGCACAACAACCUGAUGUUUUGAUUUGA